CUACAUUUCGAAGCCAUCUACCAGGAUCCAUAACCCUGAUACAUAACUUAAAGAGGUUUACUGUAUUUCUGAAGAUACACCGCCUACAAGGCAUAAUCCAGCCUGCUGGUUGAACAACAACAAAGGAUACAUACUGCGGAGAACUUAGUUAUUUCUAAAGAGCAGUCCUCCCUCUUCGCCCGCCACUCCUCUCUCAACACCUCAUUUUUACCUCAUGCCAAACCCAGCACCGCCAUGCAACCCCACAACGUAGAUCUCAUUCGCAGUCUGAACGAGCUCUAUACCCUACUAUAUCAACUCGGGGCCUAUGAAGAGGCCAAGAUUCUCCGACCAGACGGCAGCAGCAUAGGAAGUCGACAUCCCGAGGGCGCUUUCAACAGCUCUGCGGCUCUGGCCGCCGGAUUCACUCCGGCCGUGGUUGAUGUGAUGUACCAGAUCCCAUAUCUCGAUGUGGGGGUGCUGGAUUUCCAGAUCUGCCCCAAUACCUUCUUGGUCAACUAUCGAAGUGAGAAGGAUUCCGACCAAGGGAGCUUCGAGGCGUGGCGAUCGACCUGUUCCCCGGAGAUCGAAUUGCCCGAGAACACGAUGGCCUUGACGCAAGCCUCGGGCGGGGGCAGGGUUUGGCUCUAUGAUGUGGCAACCGGACUUAUGCGCGACUGGGACUUUGAGAGUGAGGAUGACCCCCUGGUAGUAGCGGCCGAUCUGCCCUCCAAGGUUCUGGCGCCCUAUAUCGAAAAAUACAGGAGUCUGCACUAUCUGAUCACCCCGAUGGAGUUGGAUUGUGCGUGGGAGCUGUUCAUGGCUGGGCAUCCGCCCGAGGACUGGGGGCCCUGGGACCGGUUGAAUUGGUACAUCGACUAUGGGGAGUGGAAAGCGACCCGAUAUCUCAAGCAAAUCUAUCUGCAGUAUGGCUGGAAAGUGACUCCCGGGAUGUCUCCAUCACAGGAGCAGUUCCGACGAGCGGACUAUCUGCGGGCGAGAGACCAGUAUUGGGCAGAGGUUGUUGCGCCCCUCGGCAAGGCAGCGGAAAUGUUUCGAAGACAGCGGAUGGUGGAGACGUGUGAGAAUUGAAUUCAACCUUGCUCCCCGAGCUGGAUCGGAAACCAGAAGUCAUGGGGACGUAUCCCCUGGAAUUACGCGCUGAUUGCACGUUCACGCUCGACAGCCGACUGCUCUCUAAGCCUCGCCGCCUCGUUCAAGCUUAUCGGCCAAUUGCCUGUUUUACGCAUAAUAAGGUCUCUUAGCUCUUGUGGCAAGCCGAACUAGGCGCCGAAUUGGUUGAACACUGCGUUUUCUCUCUACUAGGUAUGCUGUUGUGGUAGCACGUUGCGGGAGGAGCAAAUGCGGUAGUACGGGUCGAUUAGCCAGAUGGUGAUAAGCUGCUGGUAACCCGGGAGAUUAGGGUCUUAAAGUGAGAAGGGCAGUGUCCGGUAUCGCAAGGUAUUAGGCUAGGUUAGGAAGU